UAUAUAUAUAUAUAUAUAUAUAUAUAUAUAUAUAUAUAAAACUUGGUAAAAUUGGGUGCUGUUGAGUAUCUGUAUUCAUUCCCAGAUACAGGGACUUUUCUUUGCCGUGUUAAAUCAAAUACUGUACCCUGUUUGUUUUUUUUAUUCCACCAGGCAGUUCUGAUGAGAUCCGGCUGCUCCAUUGUCGGGGGGAGCCGCCUCGCCAUUUUGUCGUAAUGGAGCCGGGUGCACCUGUGGAUCCCAUCAGAAUAACGUGGCGGCAAUCCCAGCAUCACUCACCGACGCCAUCGGCCCUGUCAUAGCUCGUGUGAAUCCCCAGGUGGCGGUGUGGACCGCCAUCCGCUCGCCGCUCUCCUCCUCGCACUCCCUCGCUGACGCCUCGCUCGAACAGUCACAGCUGGCCGUUAUUAUUUCUGCGGGACCUCAUCCUCCACAAGCAAAGACCACUCUUUGCUGAAUGGAUGCAGCAAAUAAGAAAUCGGAAGAUGUCAUCUCCAUGGCGGACUCUUCCUUCACACUGGAGGACAUUGAAGGGGAGCUCCUCAAAAUCGAGAGGAUACGAAACAUCCUGGUGCGCAGGGAAUCCGAGCUGAGAUACAUGAUAGAUGACAUAGAGCUGUGUGAGGAAAUUACCCGACUGAAGCGAGAGCUGCAAGGACUGGUCUCCAUUCCAGACGGAGACAAGACCAAGGAGGACGGCGAGAGGGAGGAGGAGCUUCUGCGGCGGAUCAACAAACUGGUGGAGACCCGGGACUUCCUGGUGGAUGAUGUGGACUUUGAGAGGCUCAGAGAAAGAGAAGAAGAUGUAGAAAUGGCCACCUUCUUGAAGUCCAAAUACCCAAAGACUCCAGGAACCAAAGGUGAGAAUCUCGCUCCACUUUCUGUUCAGCAACCUUUGACCUUUUGUUGGUUGGCAAAGUGGACUCAAGGUCACCUGUCAUCAUCACUCUCAGGUGCGCCGCGAGACCGGAAGGCGCUUUCCAGAUCUCCUCACUCGUCGCCACCGCUCAUCACCAAAACUGGACUCACGCUCCUCAAGGACUGCUGUGGCGUCACCUGCUCUGUCAUGUGACACGUCUGUCCACUAAAUGAUCAACAAAUAAAUAUGAGCAUGUUCAUUUGAAUUAAAUGUUAUUAGGGACCGAAUCUCCCUUUGGG